AUGUCUGACGGCGUCAACUUUGUGGCACUUCCUUUUUGGAAGACCAUGAACUUCACAAACGACUGUCAGGCCUGGGGCAACUGGUACACAACAUUUAUAGCUCCCACUCCAUGGAACAGCUUCGCCGCUCUCCUAAACGAAGAAAUACUCCUGAAUGGAACUGGAGGUCCGGAAAACCUUACUGAUAAUUCUCGGAACUUCUACAACUUAUUGAUCGAUGAGCCAUACAGAAAGUGCAAAAAAGCGCGCUGUAUCGCUCUCGGCUGGACAGGUGACACGGACCUUAUUGGAAUCGGGGUCUUUGUGUCCUAUUUUGUGGAGGCUGUUCUCGUCACCUUCUUCUUGCUCGCCUACACGUGGUGGAAAAUUCAACAGCACCGCAUGUCCCAAGGGAAGAGCGAGCCGAAGGCUUACCGCUUCCUCUUUCGCACACUCGAAGCCUUCCGACGUUCUCUGAAAGAUUUCCUUAAAGCAUCUCAACUUUUCAGUGUGACUAUGCUUUUCGCCGCGGUGUACAUCUCCGGGACUGGGACAACGCAACGAAAAGAAACUCAAAGGGGUAGUAGGCCCGCAGACAUCCCACAUGGAUCCGUGUUAUACGACAUGAUGCUUUCGAUGUUGGCUUCGACAUUUUCGAUGUUUCCUGUUAUGAUACUUUAUACGAUACAGAGACGAGACGUCCAGGAUUCACUCAAGACUAAGAACCUUGAAGUCUGGUUUGGUAGAAUUAUAAUGACGCUGAUCUGGAUUUUAGGGAUUAUUGAAGCAUUUCUAUCGGUAUAUGGCAACCCUGAUUAUGACGACCAUAUGUCCAAAGAUUACAACGAGUUUGCCGAGCUGAAUUGCGACUGGAGAGCGUCAUUUAAGUAUUGGUAUGGGAUGACGGCUGCGCAGGUUCUUCUUAUUAUUUGCCCACUCCUCUGGCCCGUCGUCACUGUUUUCUUGUUUACUGGCUUUGGUAAACCCGGAAUUAUUGACAAGCCGUGGGUAAAACGUUGGAGAUCUUACUGGCGACUUGCAAUUGCCUGGAUAACCCUUCUUGUCAUGUGGAGUCUCUUGGGAUUCUUUUCAUGGGUGAGACACAAGAUUGACGGUAUGAUCGGGGAUCUUAAUGAAUCCAACAAGUGGAAGUUUGGCCAGUGGCUAGCCAUUACUGCCUGGAUACCCGUCGUCGUUCAAUUCGGUCGUGAAUGGUGGAAGGGUGUGGAGGGAGGAUCUACUGGGAACCUACCGAUAAGCGCAAGGGUCCUCGACAACACCAGCAGAGGCAAUGAUCCUCUAGAGUUAUCACCAUGUCUUCAUAAGAACGCCUCCGCGAGCCCUUCCCAAAACAAGGCUGGGCAGAUAAAAAAAGAUCUCGGCAACAUGCGAUGGAACAUUGGCGAGAAACCGGCUGGGAAAGGGGUGAAUGAUGAUGGACUGGAACUCACAGCCUCCGGAAAGAUUGACCUCCCACCAGUUCACCCAGAGACCGAAUCCAAGGAUGGCACAGUCCCGGUCUCAAGAAUACGUGCGAGGAAAGCUCAAUACUCAACGUGA